UUGUUGUUGUCGUUUCAUCUUUGUUACAUUCAACAGCUGGGUGGAACUGCCGACCAAAAAAUUGGUUCUGUGUGACGUUUUCAAAGAGAUGGAAGUUGGGCUGUUUUGAAAGAACAUACCGUAGUAUUAUUAAGAUCAAUUAUUCCCAUUGUCAUGGAUUUUAAUGUUAAGCGGCUAGCUGCAGACGCGGGUACCUUCCUGAGCCGUGCUGUACAAUUCACAGAGGAGAAGUUUGGUCAGGCGGAAAAAACUGAGUUGGAUGCCCAUUUGGAGAAUCUUUUGGUAAGAGCUGAAGCCACCAAGCAAUGGACAGAAAAGAUUAUGAAGCAGACUGAAGUCUUAUUACAGCCCAACCCAAAUGUCCGACUGGAAGAAUUUGUGUAUGAGAAACUGGAAAAAAAGGCGCCAACGCGAAUGAACAACUCUGAACUGUUGGGCCAGUCCAUGAUUGACUCAGGAAAUGAAUUCGGUCCUGGGACUGCCUAUGGAAAUGCUUUGAUAAAAUGUGGCGAGACCCAGAAGCAGAUUGGCAGUGCAGAGCGAGAGUUAAUUCAAAGUUCUGCCAUCAAUUUCCUGACCCCUUUUAGGAACUUUCUGGAGGGGGACUUCAAAACAAUCCUGAAAGAACGGAAGCUGCUGCAGGUCAAGCGGUUGGAUCUGGAUGCAGCCAAAACAAGACUGAAGAAGGCCCGCAUGGCUGAUGCCAGAGCUGCCGCAGAGCAGGAGUUGAGGAUGACUCAGAGUGAAUUUGACCGUCAGGCUGAGAUCACCCGACUGCUGCUAGAAGGCGUCAGCAGCACCCAUGCACACCACCUACGCUGUUUGAACGACUUCGUUGAGGCUCAGACUAUAUACUAUGCGCAAUGCUAUCAGUAUAUGGUUGAUCUACAAAAGCAGUUGGGCAGUUUUCCUUCAUCAUUCACCAACAACAACCAGUCAUCUGUGUCGGAAGGGGCAAGCAUCUCGGUGCCCACCAUACCAAUGUCGGCGUCCCUGCCCAACUCUGCAAGCCGUGGUGGCCCAGCCACAUCUGGCGGCUUCAGUGAAUUGCGUUGCUCCAGUGGCAGCCGCAAAGCGAGGGUGCUUUAUGACUACGAUGCGGCGAGCAGUAGUGAACUUUCCCUGUUGGCUGAUGAGGUGAUCGCAGUCAGCAGUGUUCCAGGAAUGGAUUCCGACUGGCUGAUGGGGGAGCGAGGCAACCAGAAGGGCAAAGUGCCAAUCACCUACCUGGAGCUACUUAACUGAAACAUGAAAAUAGCUCCCUCAUUUUUUGCCACAUCAGGAAUCUCCCAUUCGGUUUCCUCCUCCUCAAUUCAUUUUUAAGCAAAGUUCCAUUUUUAUCGGGACACUUGAACUCGUUGAAGCUGGAAUCAUAGCAUUUGAGUGAAGGGACGGACUGCAUUACAUUUCAAAACAUAUUGCCUUUAUUCGAUAUUAAGCAAUUUGCAAUAUGUGCCCUAACAUCUCCCAAAGUUUUCCAUCCAUUUUGUUUACAUUAUGUACAUUGUCUGCGGGAAAUCUGUACGAACAUCUCAGAUGGUAGCCUACCCCCUCACUGCCAGCAUUAAGUACAUACUUUAUUUUUUAAAUGCACUUAAGAUUGACAUGAUGCUAUUUCAAGUCUUAUUCCAUAACUGAUUAUUAUAUCAGGCAGUAAGAGAUCAUCUAAACAUUACUGUUCGAUCAAUAUAUUGUACAAGAAUAGUGGAGAGAGCUGUGACAUUUGAUAUGCGAAAUGUGAAAUGAUAAAACGUUUAAAUGCCAAACAGGAAAUUAGCAGCCAACUAAAUCAUUUUAUUUAAAAGGAAAUAUUAAAAUAUUUCAUGAACAAUUUUAGUUUAAUGUUUGUCUUCCAAUAACAACAGCAUGGAAAUGGUCAAUUUAUUCUCCUUUUGAGUCAUAGAUUACUGUUACUUGAUAGUGUUAAUUGGAAAACUCAAUAAUUCGCAUCUCUGUUGGAAAUUUUCAACCCAAAGGUAUUAUGAGAUUAAGUUAUUACUGUGUGUCUUAGUAGCAAAUUCUUAGUUCAUGUCAUGCUUUAUAGCGGUGAUAUGAUGGAUAGAACGCUAACACCAUUAAACCUGAAUUCAAUCUCAACCUGAAAAUAAAAUGUUGCCUUUACAGUGUUCAAGCUUUGAACAUAAGCUGUCUCCCAUGUUUUGUUUUGUUUUUUAAAUAAGACUUGUAAAGUCAAUCAUAGAGUGAAUACAUAAAAAGAAAUACAUUUAUGCUUCAAAAAGUAUUUGCCAGCCCAGUAUGUUAGCAAAAUCAGCCACCAGGUGGCAGAACGGUACUUUUUGUAUUUUUGUGAACAACAUUAGGUAGAGCUGCUAAAUAUGCCAUCCGUGAACAAUGUAAGAUUUUAAAAAAAGAAGAAGAAGAAAAGAAACAUUGAGAGGUGGUUCUAGAAAUAUAAAUAUUUUUAAAAAGCUAGUACAGUUCUUUCAGAAGAGUAGCUACUUGGGAUUUCAAAAGUGUUGAAGUAUCAAUAGUACUGAAAUGUCUCCAGAUAAGAUUUUUGAUUGCAAAAGUAGUGAUACACAGCCAAAAGGAACUUGAGUGUUAAUAUAUACAGUCAGGGGAGGAACUCCGGGUGCCCGGGUUUCGAGCGUACAGGGUGUGCGAGGGUGGAUUCUUAAAAUAAUGUAUGAUGAUGCGUGAAGGUAUAAUAGUGUAUAAGAGUUAAAAUUUCUGUCAUUAUCUGCAUUACCUCAAGUAUGUGUUUACAGGUGACUGAAUGUGAGGCUUGCUGUAUCCUCUCGUGUUUCAGCAUCCUAAUGUGUGCCUCCCACUGCUCCCACUAGAGCUUUAGUGCCCAUUUCUGUGAGUAUAAAAAACACACACAGGCCCAGAAAAUCAUACAAAACACUGACCUACUUUGAAAUCGGUUCCAUUGAAGGCAGAUUUACCAAAAAAGCCCAAAGGCACCCGGGACUACAAAUAACAAUUUAUGCCAGUGCUGUUGUGGCAAUGUGAGUCAAUUGGAUGACAAUGUUUUCGUCAUGUGUUAAGUAACAUGUAGGGUUUUUGGCUGUGACCUGGUGUACGGCAGGUCUUGUGCAUGUGGUCAAAAACCUGAACAUGUUCAUUUUCCAUUUUUUUACAGAUCUAUAGGACUCCCCCUGAGUAAACCCUUUUCUUAAAAAAAAACAAAAAAAAACUGGCCAUGUAUUGUGAUCAUCCUUCUGAAAGUAGCAGUUACUUGGAAAUAUUUUAUAUUUAAGAGCCACAAAUUUCAGAGAAAGGGCAAAUUGAGGAACAUGAAUUUCUUUUACCAGAAAUAGGACCAUAAAUAUUGAGUUACUUAAAGUCAACCAUGUGUCCUCAAACUUGAGUCUAGUGUUCCAACGAUUAAUCGAUUAACUCAAGUAAUUCGCUAAGGAAAAAGCUAAUCAAAUUGCUGCAUUGAGGAUUCGUUCAAUUAGAGCAGUGUUUUACAACCUUUUCUGAGUUACGGCAUGUUUUUACAUUACAAAAAUCUCAUGGCACACCACAAACCAAAAAUGUUCCAAAAUUACUUUCUGCACAUUAUAUGUAAUUUCUCAAUAUUCAUACUUACUCAGUGUGAAACUUGAGCCUGUUUAGAUUAAUCUUUUUCAACAGCGCUCAGACUCAGUUUAAAUUUUUAAAUAGCAGUUAGGCUUGAAAAGCUCAGAAUUAUGAGACGCGGACUUUAGGCAGGUAGUAUUAAAGUCUCUACCACAGUGUGGGACUUUUUGGGUUUAGCAACAAGUUCAGCAACAAGGUAACUGGCUUUGAGGGUUUUCUCAUAUAACAUUGUUGUUUUUCUAAAAAAAAAAAAAAAAAAAGGCAAACGAAGGCAAACAAAAUAGUCCAUCGACUUGUUUUGAAGCGAUGGGUGUUUCGUUUGGAAAUUACCUUUAAGCUUGAUUGGUAACAUAGCACUGUUGGUAGCUGCUCGUGUUGUGUUCAAGAACUGCUCGAAUUUCUAGCCAUCAGCCACCUUGCUGUCCUCGAGAAUGUGUUGGAAUAAAACAUAAGGAGGAUUGAUGGUUGUUACAUAUGAGUAAAAUGGAAAGGACUUUUCCGUAUAUAUAUCGACACUUGACGAUUCUAAUAAAAUGAUGUUCAGUAGACGCGCUGGGGUCCACAUUGUCGCAGACAGCAAGGUGGCUGAUGGCUAGUAAUCCAAGCAGUUUUUGAAUACGACGCGAGCAAUUCCUCACUUAUCUGCACACGACCGCAACCCUCUAACUACUCCUUCUUUCCAGCUGCUCCUUGUUAAGACCAACAUAAGGUGUAUUUUGGUUUGAGCUAAUGUAUGUUUAUGCAUUUGUUUGUUAUUUAGUUUAGAAGUUAUUUAGAAGUAUUUAGCAUUUUGUGUGGGAAAACAGUGGUAUGAAAAAGUAUCUGAACCUUUUAGAAUUUCUCACAUUUUUGCAUAAAAUGGUCAAAUGUGAUUUGAUCUUUGUCAAAAUCACACAAAUUAAAAAACUUUCUGCUUUAACUAAAACCACCCAAACAUUUCUGGGUUUUCUUAUUUUAAUGAGGAUAGUAUGCAAACAAUGACAGAAGGGGGAAAAAUGAGUAAGUGAACCAUCGCGUUUAAUGUUUUAUGGCCCCUCCUUUGGCAGCAAUAGUUUCAACCAGACACUUCCUGUAGCUGCAGAUAAGUCUGGCACAUCGAUCAGGACUAAUUUUGGCCGAUUCCUCUCUACAAAACUGCUGUAGUUCAGUUAGAUUCCUGAGAUGUCUGGCAUGAAUCGCUGUCUUUAGGUCAUGCCACAGCCUCUCAAUGGGGUUCAAGUCUGGACUUUGAAUUGGCCACUCCAGAACUUGUGUCCUGUAUUUUGUUCUUUUGAAACCAUUCUGAAGUUGAUUUACUUCGGUGUUUUGGAUCAUUGUCUUGUUGCAACAUCCAUUCUCUUUUUAGCUUCAACUGUCUGACAGACGGCGGCCUCAGGUUUUCCUGCAAAACAUACUGAACUUUUGAAUUCAUUCUUCCAUUAAUGAUUGCAAGUUGUCCAGGCCCUGAGGAAACAAAACAGCCCCAAAUCAUGAUGCGCCCUCCACCAUGCUUCAUGGUUGGGAUUAGGUGUUGAUGUUGGUGAGCUGUUCCAUUUUUCCUCCACACAUGAUGUUGUGCGUUACUCCCAAACAAUUUAACUUUGGUUUCAUCAGUCUACAAACUAUUUGGCCAAAACUUCUGUGGAGUGUCCAAGUGCCUAUUUUGCGAACAUUAAACGAGCAACAAUGUUUUUUUUAGACAGCAGUGGCUUCCUCGGUGGUGUCCUCCCAUGAAUACCAUUCUUGACCAUAGUUUUACAUAUAGUUGAUGUGUACACAGAGAUAUUGGACUGUGCCAGUGAUUUAUGUACAGUGCCUUGCAAAAGUAUUCGGCCCCCUUGAAUCUUGCAACCUUUCGCCACAUUUC